AUGAAUGCCACUCAAUACCAACAACUCCUCAAUAUUUUUGCCAAUCAACAAAAUGGUAAAGCUCAUCCCAACAUCAAUAAUGUUGGAGAAACUUCACGUACUAUCUUAUCUGCUACUCAUCCUCUCAAUUUUAAGAAUGAAAUUUGGAUUUUUGAUUCUGGAGCUACAAGACACAUCUGUUCAAAUAUUUCCUUCUUCAUAUCUAUUGUGAAUAUUCCUACUGUCCAUCUUAUUCUACUUGACAAUUCUAUUCUACAAGUUAAUCAAUGUGGCACAAUCUUGCUGACCGAUAACAUUACCUUAACUAAAGAACUGAGCAUAAUGAGGAUGGUUGGCAAGGGUAGAUUGCAGAAUGACUUGUACAUCUUUGAACAACCUUAUACAUCAGCUUGUAUCAACUUUUUCUUCAUAUCUCUUAAUGUUGUGUUUCAUGAAACGAUUUUCCCUUUUACUUCUUUAAAUAAUGCUACUGUUUGUAUUGACCCUUUUCCUCAACAUGUAUUGCCCUCUUCUACUGUGACUAACACUAACAUCAUGGGUUUUCAUCCUAGUUCUACUACUAAUCAUGAAUCUGAGUUGCAGCAAGAUGGCAAUAAUGUAGCUUUGGAUUCUACUGAAGACAUUCAUGUUGACAACAUGAAUGACUUGAAAAUUCAAAUUUGCAUUCUGCAAACAAUCCAAGUCCUACUGCUCCUCCAUAAGAAUUUUAUUCUUGCAGUUUCUACUCAGAAUGAGCCUUCUUCGUACAAGGAUGCAAUUCUGAACAAUAAUUGGAUUCAGGCUAUGAACCUUGAACUCAAGGCUCUUCAAGAGAAUAAAACAUGGACUAUUGUUCCCUUACCAUCUAACAUACAACCAAUUGGAUGUCACUGGGUUUGCAAAGUUAAAUACCACAAUGAUGGUACUAUAGAACGAUACAAAGCUCGUUUAGUAGCUCAAGCCUACACUCAACAAGAGGGACUCGAUUAUUUUGAUACAUUUUCUCCCAUAGCCAAGAUGGUUACUUUAAAGUUACUUUUAGCAGUUUCAACUAUUAAACAUUGGACCACCAUUCAACUAGACAUUAACAAUGCCUUUUUGAAUGGUGAUCUAAAUGAAGAUAUAUAUAUAUAUAUGAAAAUACCCCCUGACCUACUGACUGAUUCUUCUUCCUCCUCAGGUACUCCUCUAGCGUGUAAACUUCACAAGUCUAUCUAUGGCCUUAAGCAAUCAUCUCGUCGAUGGUAUACAAAGCUUUCAGAUGCUCUUCUAUAA